CGCGGUCUCGACGAGCGGCGACGUGGAUCAUUGGUCUUAUUCAUCAUUUUAAAAAAAUUUUAGAAAUGUUUGAAUUAUUUCCUAUAGCUGAUCCUUUGCCAUGGCCCUUCGCUGGCAUAUUUUGGCCCAUUGCCACAACUAUAACCGCGUAUUUAAUUUUUGUGCUGAAACUCGGGCCAAUGCUUAUGGCAAAUCGGGAACCCUUUAAUCUGCGCGGGGUCCUAAAAGUGUAUAAUUUAUUCCAAGUUAUCUUUAAUAUUCUUCUGGUGUUGUGGGGCUUACACGCCGUAUUAUGGAAAAGACCCUAUCCUGAUUUCAGCUGCAUUAUGAUAUUGCCAUUCGAUCAUGAAAUGAAGAACACUGAGCGCAUGAUUGGUUACCUGUACUAUGUCAACAAAAUCAUUGAUUUGCUGGACACGAUCUUCUUUGUUCUUCGCAAGAGCUAUAAACAGAUUACCAAACUACACCUUAUACAUCAUGUCUAUAUGGCAAGUGCCUCUUACUUUUUCACUAGAUUAUAUGGAUACGGAGGACACCACUUGAUAUUGGCAGGUCUCAAUACUAUUACACACAUCGCGAUGUACGCCUACUAUUAUCUUUCAUCUCAAAAUCCGAAUAUAAAACAAAGUAUAUGGUGGAAGCAGUACAUCACCAUUCUGCAAAUGGUUCAGUUCGUCUUGAUGUUUAGCCACAGUUUUUGGACACUUAUGCAACCAGAGUGUGAGGUUCCCUUUCUACAGAUCUUCAUAGUGUUAUUUAUGUCAGGAGUCAUGUUUGUAAUGUUCUCCGAUUUCUAUAUAAAAGCUUACUUAAAGAAAAAAACUACUUAAGUUCUGUGCACAGUUCAUCUGAAAACCUAAGAAAACUUUUCAUUUUUAUCCAAAUGAAUUAGGUAAAGCGAAAGUAAUUAUCCUAAUAAUGACCAUAAUAAAAUUAAAAAAAAUCAAUAAAGAAAAGAAUUUUUAAAAACU